GCAUCGUGACGUUCGAUCAGCUGACUGCGGUUGUAGAAGUCGGUUCAUCUUCGACCUUCGUCUCGGUUAAUUCCUCCGGUUCCAGCUCCGGUUCCGUUUCCAGUUCCGGUUCUAACGCCGCAGUCCGCAGCUCCUGUCCCGGUCAUGGCGAGUCAGUCUCAGGGGAUCCAGCAGCUGCUGCAGGCCGAGAAGAGGGCGGCCGAGAAGGUGGCGGAGGCCCGCAAGCGUAAGAACCGGCGUCUGAAGCAGGCGAAGGAGGAGGCUCAAGCUGAGAUCGAACAGUAUCGUCUUCAGAGGGAGAAGGAGUUUAAGACCAAAGAAGCUGCCGCCCUUGGUUCCCAUGGUAACAGUGCUGUGGAGGUGGACCGUGACACCGUAGAACGGAUGGGCCGUAUCCAGGCUAGUUACCGUGGUAACCGGGAGGCGGUGCUGGGCGAGCUGCUGCGACGCGUCUGUGAAAUUAAGCCGGAGUUUCACGCCAACUACCGCGUGGCUGGCUGAGGGGUGGAGUUACGACCAGAGGGGGUGGGGCAAACAUGGGAUAUGUGGAUGUUGGCAAAUUAGCUUUGUUAGCGUGUUUUGUUUAAAACUCAAUUCUGCUAAACACGAGCAAAAUAUCAAAACAUUUAUUUUUAAGGCGAGAAGUUGUUUUCCUGCUCCGUGCAAAAAUGAGAUCAUUAAUAAAUGUUGGUGUUACAGUGUUGAUGUUUACGAAGUAUUUAUAUAUAUAUAUCAUUUGUCUUUUGUUGAGUUUUUUUUUUUUUCUUUAAAUCUUUCCUGAACCUAACUUAAGUUUUUCUACAAUCAAAUGGCAAUGAUAUCAUAUUUAAUCUUGCUGAUUGGCUGUCUUUCUCUGAGUGUGCUCCUCUGCUCUCUAACCUGAUUGGCUGGAAAGUGUAAAGGCUUUUGUUGUGAAAAUCUUGUCCCAUUCCACAUUUUUUGUGUUGCUUCCGGUGUAACUAUGUGACUUCCUGUUGAUGUUUGUGAACUGAUGAUUAUAAUGCAACAAAAAACAAACUAUUAAAUUAGAUGUUGAUUGGUGGAA